AUGCCUCAAGUGUCCACUGCACCCCCUGAGGUCAAACUCGAUAACCGUUUCUUGGUGAAAUGCAACGGCAGUCAAAUCUCAAUCCUUGGAAUCAACUAUGAACAAAAUGCAAAAUUGUACCUCCCACUACUAGAGCCUGCCCGCGGAGUAAGAAAAUUAAAUUCUAAAGCGACAACCAGUCAUUCAAGCAAAAUCAGACGAAUGGUGGAAAGCACAAUGCAUCUUUCGUGGACUCGAUUUCUCUGGCAGUGAUACCAAAGCCUUCCAAGCACGACUACGAGCCGCUCCAAAUACUGAAAUGACCGCCGAUAUUCGAGCCUUGGAGACGAAAACGGUGAGGAAUUUCUGGGAGCGGAAGCAAAAGGCAGCAGUAGAAGCAGAAAAGGAGAGAGUAAGAACUUUCAAUGCACAAUGGCUUGUCAUGUCACAUGAAGAGAAGGCCAAAAUCAAUGGUGGACGAAUGAUAUCAGAAAGCUUUCCGUCAAGCGAGAAGAAGUCGAAGCCAAUCAUAUUCCGAUUCAAAACUUAUCACACGGAAGUUGCAGGACUGGCUCUGGAGGCUGAUCUCGCAUAUAAGUGCGAGAAGUUUCCAGAAGGUCAUCCCGAGAAAAGAGAGACAUAUGAUUCUAUUGGGUUGAAAGGGUAUUGGGUACUGAAGGUCAUGGAGAAUUGAUUGCAUUGUAAAAGGUAGCUAUCUAAGGUGUUUAUAUAAAGAGUGUAAGGUUUAGGCAGACAUGAAGCAUUUAGGCAGCAGAACUAUAAGUGGAUCAAAUAAGGAAGUGGAGCACAAGAGAAAGUAGACCCAGCACAACAGAUUCCAUUGCCAUUAUCGCUCGUUCAACAUCAGACAUUAAUAAAAGCAAAGAAUGGCUGGCAGUAAAGAAGUCGUUUCAAAGAGCUCAAGCCGAACGUCUAAGGAAGUUGGCUGGAAAUGGCAAAGAGUGGGAUGUUACUGGCAAAUAUCGGAUUUGCUGCCCAACAAUCGAAUCCUCAUGGAAUGUUGACACCAGUAGUUUCACUUUAGAGAUUUUCGCCGUCAAGAACCAACUCUGCGCGAAGUUUGACUUUGAUACAAUUGCUGGCGUCUUUAGAUUCGAGAAGCAACCAGAGAAGGGUAUAAAGGGGAAAUCAGCAAGCAGCAAGCCACAGGUCGGCAACAUGUCGAGAAAGAGGAUGUAUGAUAGUGAUAGGGAUGAAGAUGGAUAUGGCGGCAUGGAGGAACGAUAUGGAGAUAGUGAUUACGACAAGGAGCGUGAUAAUGAAGAGGUACAAGAUGGAUACGAAGAUGAAUUCCAGCUUGGAGCAAUCUCACAGCCCUCGGAGAAAUACCGCAAUUGGACUUUUCGCUGGCGUGGCGAAGAAAGUGGUAACGGCGAAAUUUCUUGGGAGCCAAUCCAGGUCGGAACGGACUCCCGGUCGUACAAGUCCAAGUUCUGUGAACCGAGAGGAACCAAGAUUGAGGGGACAAUCGGAGGUGGCUUUUUGGGCGAUGAAUGUACUUUCACUGGCGAGAAGAUUAGUGCUGGUACAGGUGGCAAGAUUAAUCCUUCUUUUGAGUGGUUCAAGCGUAGCAAAUGGCCUCGUGAAAAUACUAGAGGCAGGAGAGGGAGAUGGUAA